GAGAGAGAGAUGCUUAAGUGAUGCCGUGUAAAAAUCCUCCAAACACGUUUGCUGAAAACGUGUUUAGAAGCAUUUAGCCUAUUAUAUCCAUCUCUGAGGGAUGCUCCGAAAAUCCGACCGUCAAAUUAUAUUUAUUGUCCGCAACCCUCAAGAAAAAGGAUGAAAAUAAACGGCGCCCCGCCCCUCAGUGUUCAGUUUCACUUUCACGCGAUGUGAGCUCGCUCUUAUGCAUCUGUGCUCUGCAGCCCACGCGAACGCUCCACUCACAUUCAUCCUCGUUGAUUUACAUUAAAAUAUUUAAAAGCGUCCGGGUAGAAGUGGGAAAUAUCUUAAAUCCGAGGUGUCUGGAACGCAGCAUUUGCAGGUGUCUGAUGUUGGGCGUGAACCCAACGAGCUGUUCAAUAUCUUCAUCAUCAACAUCUGGAUUUCUCUACACCAUUAAGAUGAAACGCUUGCUGUUUUUCAUCCUCUUGUUACAUUUGAACGGUGUGUUUGGUGAGUCAGUGUCCGUGCUGGAGGGAAAUCCUGUCUGUCUCCACACUAAUGUUACUGACAUGCAGAAAGUUUAUCUGAUAUGGUCGUACAGGAGUUCCAUUAUCGCUAAAUUGGAUGGAGCGACUCAGGAAAUCUCACUAUAUGAUGUUGAUGAAGGGAUAUUUGAAGACAGACUGCAGUUGGACAACCGGACUGGAUCUCUCACCAUCAAUGACAUCAGAACCAAACACUCUGGACUUUAUCAACUAAAGAUCAUCAGCCACCAAACCUUAACCAAGACCUUCAGUCUUACUGUACAACAUGUGUUCUUAGCUGAUCUAGAAAACAAGAGAGAAGGAGAUUCAGUGACUCUAAACACUGGAAUAACUGAAAUGAAGAAACACAAUCUAAUGAUGUGGAUGUUUGGACCUUUAAAUCCAGACGUUCUUCUUGCAGAAAUCAAAAUAAACACUCAUAACAUCACGUAUGAUGAGAGAUACACAGACAGACUUCAUCUGAAUAAUGAGUCUGGAUCUCUAACCAUCAGAGAUCUCAAACCUACAGACACGGGAGUUUAUCAACUACAGAUCUCCAACAACAAAGAGACCAUAUACAAGAGAUUCAACGUGUUUGUUGCCGAUGUAGAACCAGGUCUGUUAAUGUGGCAUAAAGUGGCGAUUGGUGCUACUGUGCUGUUGUUUGUGGCUGGAGUUCUGGCAGUGAUUUACUUUCGCUACAAAUAUUCAAAUCUCAAAGAUGAAAUGAAGACCGUGUCUGUGAGGGAGGGAAAUUCUGCCAAACUAACAACUGGAAUCGCUGCAAUACAAAGAGAUCAGAAAAUAGUCUGGAGGUUUGGAGCCAAAGUCAUCGCUCGGUUCCAGAAGACCGAUGAUAGUAAGCCUACAUAUAGUAAUGAUGAGAAAUUCAGAAACAAACUUCAGCUGAACCGUGAGACUGGAGAUCUCACCAUCAAUGACAUCAAAAUCAGAAUCUCCGGAGAUUAUCAUCUGGAGAUCCACAGGAGAACCAAAAUCAACAGAUCUCAGAGAUUCAAGGUUGUGGUUCGAGCGGUUGCACUGAAGGUCACAGAAGGAGAGACUGUUAAAUUACAGACCGGCAUUUCUCAACUACAGAGCGACGAGAAGAUCCAGUGGAGAUUUAAAUCUAAAGUGUCAAGACAGUUAGAGACUAGUUUUUACUCGAAACAAGAUACAAUCAUAGCCGAAUUCAAUGGGAAAACCAAUAACAUCUCAUUCAACAAUAAUGAUGAGGAACUCAUUGAGAGACUUAAACUGGGCAGUCAGAUGAUAUCGCUCACCAUCGCAAACAUCAGAUCUACAGACGCUGGAGAAUAUGAGCUACACAUCAAGAGCAAAACCACAACAUUAUAUAAGUCGUUCCACAUUCUCGUCGGGUUGAACACAUUAAAACAUACAGUGGGUGAUUCUGUUAAUCUCAAAACGGACGUCAGCGAGCUGCAGGCUGACGCUCAUGUUCUGUGGACGUUCGGGAAAAAAAACACCACCAUCGCUGAAAUCAACCGAGUCGGCGGUCGCGUGUAUGUAUACGACGGUAAUGAUGAGAGAUUCAGAGACAGACUGAAACUGAACGAACGGAACGGAGAUCUGACCAUCACAAACAUCAGCAUCGGACAUUCAGACGUGUACAAACUACAGAUCACCAGAGGCUCAGACAAGACGUAUAAGAAAUUCAUGCUUCUAGCACAAGAGAAACUGGAGUCGGUGAUGGAGGGAGAUUCAGUCACACUACACCCUGAUGAUGCUGACAUACAGAGAGAUGAUGUGAUGAUGCUGUGGAUGUUUGGACCGGAUGAUAAUCUCAUAGCUAAAGCUGAUCAAAACCAGAAGAUUCUUUAUGAUGGAGCUGACGGGAGAUUUAAAGAGAAACUCCAUCUGAACGUUCAGAGAGGAUCUCUCACCAUCACAAACAUCAACACUAAACACGCUGGACUUUAUAAACUACACAUCAUCAGCAACACACACACCAAAUACAAGAGAUUCAGAGUUACUGUUCCUGGUACUCAAGAUCUCAUGGAGGAGCAGUCAGAGGGGAACUCUUUAAUUAUAGAGAUGUAACAGUACUUGAAUGAUGAACGAUGCCACAGGUGAUGAGUGAUGAGGUGUUUAAUAAAGCCACAGGUGAAAAACAGGAACAAACGAGUAAUCCACAAAACAAAGGUACGAGGGUAAAUCCAAAAACGAAGUGUAAAUCCAAAACUACAAAAAACCACGGGGUACAAAAAAACCAUCCACGGAAUAUUAACUACUAGGAGAUUACGGGUAAGCCUAGAAGACGUGCACACCAUACAACUAGACCAGACGUCAAAUGCAGGGAACAAGGGAACAGAUAUAGUGUCCGGUUGAUGAGGUUCAGGUGAAAGUCAUUAGAAUUCGGGUGAGCGGGGACGUGUGUAGUGAGGUGAAAGCACUGAUGAGGUCGUAUUCAUUUUUUAACGUGCGGAAAUUUCGGACGCAAAUUUCGGACUCAAUGUGCAAUGGCCUUAAGCAGUUACAAAAUACCGCCCCUUAGCUGUUAUAAAUUGCACUGUAACCCACUGCUUCUUGGGGCUCAUGAUUUACUAAAACACUCAAAAAUAUUGAAAAGUGCUUCUGUGUGAAUCAUCAUUAAAUGAAAAUGAAUAUACUGGUUAUAACAUAAUGUGUCAUCAAAACGAUAAGAAAUCCAUCUGCAUGUGCUCUUAUGACUUUGUGCAUAAGUAUAUGUCUUCGUCAUGUAAAAACAUCUCGCAGAAGUGAGAAAAUUCUCAAUACAGUAUAAAUGUCACAUCAGCAAGAGUACGUUGCCUGUUUUAUCAUUAUUUAAAAUAAAUGAAAAACAACUUGUAUUCUUAAUCUGAUUUCUCAGACUGACGGAGUUCACACUGCCAUUUCAGACGCCAGAAGUCUGAUCCAUUCAUUCAGACAGUGACCACGUUUACAUGGACGUCACUAAUCAAAUUAUUUGCCUUACUCUGAGUAAGCUAAUAUUACGAUUAAGGUGUUUACAUGAGUUGCUUUAAGAAUAUACCUUUCAUGUUCCCGUUUUACAUGUUACACUACCAGUGUUGGGUAAGUUACUCUGAAAAAGUAAUUAAUUACUAGUUACUAAUUACAUAUUCAAUAGUGUAAUUAGAUUACUGUACAAAUUACUCUCUCCAAAAAGUAUUUAGUUACUUAUUACUAAUUACUUUCUAUAUCUUAUAUCAACCUUGAUUAGUUAAGUGAUUGAAGGAUAGACAUGAAACUGCUUAUUUACAGUAAUUCAUUCAAAUAAAUAAUAUUAAACUACAUAAAGUAGUAUUAUUAACUGACCAAAGUAUUACAAAUGUGAGAAUUAUACAUUAAAGCACAGAUUUUAAAGUUAGACUUUGAAUUUUGAUGUCAAUUCCAAUAUUGCACACACAUAUUACACAAAGUAUUUAGUUUAAUUACAUGAGAAGUAACUGUAAUUAAAUUACAGAAAAAAUAACAGUAAUCCCUUACUUUACUUUUUCAAGGGGCAAGUAAUUAAAUUACAGUAACUAAUUACUUAGUAACUAGUUACACAAAUAACGACGCCAUUCUACGUUCCCUCCAUAAUUUCAUGUAGCCUAUCAACAAACAAUUCGUCUUCGCCAUGGUACCACAUACAGUUUUUGGUGUUUCAUUUAUUUUCUAGAUUUGUUGGCAUCUUUUUUCCCGUUCGGACCAAAAAUGUGCUUUCUUGCUUGAAGCCAUGUUGUUUGCCGUAAAACAAAACGGCUGUAACGCACUUCGAUAAUGCGACUAAAAUAGGAGUACUCCACCUGCCUUAAUUCCAUUUGUGUUUACUACGAUUAUGAGUUUAGACGGAUUAAGCGAAUCAAAAAGCUCUGUUUGCAUGGUCCAUUCUUAAUCAGAGUAUUGUCUUAAUCGUGUUAAUAUCCGAUUAUUGUUGUCCAUGUAAAUGUGGUCAGUGUUCAAACAGUGAGUGUGAAAUUUUCCUGCAUUAGUAUACAUCAAAUGUAUUUAUGGUUGUCAACAUAAACUUUUUGUUUUCAUAUUGAAAACAUUAUAUACGUUAUAUUACAUGAAUGGGUGUUUUUUUGUGGAAAGGCACAUUACUAAUAUAGUCAUAUUUGUUGUAUGUAUAUUUCAGAAUAUUUUUGUUAAUAUGUCAUUGCAUGUUUUGUACUGUUCACUGCACCACCAUAUUACACGUGGCAAAGAGUUUCUGUAAACAGAUGCAAGAAAACCUGGCAGCUGCGUACACAAUAAAAAAAGCACAACAAUGUUUACAUUUCAAUGGUUUACGUGGAUAUGUGGAGUACAAUAACAUGUCUCUAGGUAGUAUUUCAAAUCUCAAUAUUUAGACUUAGAAAAUUGAAUUGUUGUUGUAGGAAAUAUUGUGUGAAAUAUUCAUUCAUUGCGCCUGUUAUUCUUGAAAAUACACUAUAUGGAAGAUGUUUGGUGAUAUGUUAUGGAUAUCCAUAAUGCAAGAAAAACAAAAGCAUAAUAAAUGAAA